CUGUGGGACCUGCUGCAGAAGUUGCAGUUCAUCAUGACGUAUAUUGCUCCCUGGCAGAUUGCCUGGGGUUCAUCGUUCCAUGUUUUCGCUCAGCUCUUUGCAAUACCUCAUUCUGCUAUGCUUUUUUUUCAAACUCUGGCCACUUCAAUCUUCUCUACACCACUGAGUCCAUUUCUGGGUAGUGUCAUCUUUAUUGCAUCAUACGCAAGACCGAUCAAAUUCUGGGAGAAAAACUACAACACAAAAAGAUCAGACCAUUCCAACACCAGACUGGCGAUUCAGAUCGAGAAGGACGCAGGAAAUGAUGACAAUAAUCUCAACUCCAUUUUUUACGAGCAUUUGACAAGAUCUCUGCAGGAGUCUCUUUGUGGAGAUUUGAUUCUGGGCCGCUGGGGAAACUACAGCACAGGAGACUGUUUUAUUCUGGCAUCGGAUUAUUUAAAUGCCUUUGUGCACUUGAUCGAAAUUGGAAAUGGCCUUGUCACCUUUCAGCUCCGAGGGCUGGAAUUCCGAGGGACAUAUUGCCAGCAGAGAGAAGUGGAAGCUAUAACAGAAGGAGAUGAAGACAACGAAGGCUGCUGCUGCUGUAAGCCUGGACACUUGCCUCACUUGUUAUCAUGUAAUGCAGCCUUUAACCUCCGAUGGCUGACAUGGGAAAUAACACGAACCCAGUACAUCCUGGAAGGAUAUAGUAUCAUUGAUAACAACGCUGCAACAAUGCUGCAAGUGUUUGAUCUGCGGAGAAUACUUAUCAGAUACUAUAUAAAGAGUAUAAUAUACUUUACAGCAAGUUCUCCCAAAAUCCUUGACUGGAUAAAAGAUGAAUCCAUCCAAAAGAUACUGCAGCCAUAUGCAAAAUGGCAUUAUAUUGAACGUGACCUUGCAAUGUUUAACAUUAACAUAGAUGAAGAUUAUGUUCCCUGUCUCCAAGGAAUAACAAGAGCUAGCUUCUGCAGUGUUUAUCUGGACUGGAUUCAGUUCUGUGCUAGAAAAAGAGUGGAGCACCUGGAUAGUGAUGAGGAUUCUCCUCUAGUGACACUUUCCUUCGCCUUGUGUAUAUUGGGUCGAAGAGCUCUGGGAACUGCAGCUCACAAUAUGGCCAUCAGCCUGGACUCUUUCCUCUAUGGGCUCCAUGCACUGUUCAAAGGAGACUUCCGCAUAGCAGCAAAAGAUGAGUGGGUCUUUGCAGACAUGGAUUUAUUGCAUAAGGUUCUUGCCCCGGCAAUCCGAAUGUCUCUAAAGCUACACCAGGACCAGUUUACUUGUCCAGACGAAUAUGAGGACCCAGCAGUUUUGUAUGAAGCGAUCCAAUCUUUUGAGGAAAAGGUUGUGAUUUGUCACGAAGGGGACCCAGCCUGGCGCAGCGCUGUACUCUCCAACAGAGAGGAGCUGCUAACCCUGAGACAUGUGGUAGAUGAAGGAGCAGACGAAUACAAAGUUAUCAUGCUCCACAAAAGCUACUUGAGCUUCAAGGUUAUCAAGGUCAACAAGGAGUGUGUCAGAGGGCUUUGGGCUGGGCAGCAGCAGGAACUGAUUUUCUUACGCAAUCGUAACCCAGAGAGAGGAAGCAUCCAGAACAAUAAACAAGUCUUGCGGAACUUAAUUAAUUCUUCAUGUGAUCAGCCACUGGGAUAUCCAAUGUAUGUUUCCCCUUUAACCACCUCGUACCUUGGGACACACAGCCAACUGAGGAACAUUUGGGGGGGACCUGUCAGUUUGGACAACAUUAAAAAGUGGUUCAGAUCCAAAUGGUUAAGAAUGCGGAAGGACUGUCAUGCAGCUCACCACGAGAGAGGUAACGCUGAAGAGGGGGAUAGUGGAGGGGGAUCUUCGUCUGGCAGCAAUUCCACAGGCAAUUCAAGCCAGAGCAGUAGCUCGCAGCCCACCAGAGAUGGAACCCCACAGUUGCAAACUUCAUCUCAAGAGGUCCACCAGCGUGCAGGGAGGAGAAAACCCAGGAGUCAGUCCAUCCAGGCACACACUGCUUUAAACCAAAUGCCACCUGCUUCAAGCCACUCUGGACCAAUGGCAGAAAGCCGGCAGCCUUUCAUCCAGACAUCUACAUCAGCCCAUGAAAUUGCCCAAAGGCUUUCUAGUAGUCAGCUGUCAUUCCACAACUCGGCAACAUCUGUGUUUUCCCAGUCCCCUGCUGUCCCUGUGGCUGGACAGCUGACUGUGCAGGACCGAGCUGCAGCAAUGCUCAGGUCCAGUCUGGCCUCUUCCACCAGCUCAACACUCAGCCUGCUCUUCGGGAAGAGAAGCUUUUCAAGUGCUUUGGUGAUUUCUGGGCUCUCGGCUGCAGACGGAGGUAACACCAGUGACACCCAGUCAUCUAGCAGUAUGAAUAUUGCCAUGGGUCCAUCGGCUAGAGCAGCAAGUCAAGCAACUCGGCAACUCACCGAGACCUGCGAAGCGACGGAUGCCACAGAGCCUAAACCACGGCGAGAGGCUGGUCCGGCUCAUGCCAUACUCAUGAGUAGGAACCUGGAGUGCAGGAGGGCCAGCCAAGAAGAUAUGGCCCUGGAAGACACCGCUUCUCAGCAGAGCCUGUCCGAGGAGCAGUAAGAAGUAUUCCUAGCACAACGGCCGCACGCUUCUUAGGAUUAAAUAAAGACAGAGUUAGGUCAUGGAGCUGCACUGGGGUUAGGUUCUUUCAAAUUUAACGAGCAACCUCCAGAUGUUUAUUUUUUUAACUUCUACACAAGAACACUAUGGGGCAGAUGUUCUUCAGCUGAAGGCCUUGGCGUGGGCAGGGUUGGAAGGUGUCCUAAAAAACACACAGUGCCACUUCAUCUCAGGUUCUUGUAAAUUCUAGAACAAUGAAUACAACCUGUUUAACCUUCCUUCCCCUGGAACAGUUGCAAUCGUGAGUGAAUAGAGUGGGAAA